AUGGGGAAACCAAGACUCCUCAUCUUGAUCAGACACGCGCAGUCCGAGGGAAACAAGAACCGCGACAUCCACCAGACAAUCCCCGACCACCGCGUCAAGCUGACCCAGGAUGGCUGGCAGCAGGCGUACGAGGCCGGCCGCCGGCUGCGCGAGAUGCUGCGGGCCGACGACACUCUGCACUUCUUCACCAGCCCCUACCGCCGCACCCGCGAGACCACCGAGGGCAUCCUGGCCACCCUGACCAGCGACGACCCCGAGCCCAGCCCCUUCAAGCGCAACAACAUCAAGGUCUACGAGGAGCCGCGCCUCCGCGAGCAGGACUUUGGCAACUUCCAACCCUGCAGCGCCGAGAUGGAGCGCAUGUGGCAGGAGCGUGCCGACUACGGCCACUUCUUCUACCGCAUCCCCAACGGCGAGAGCGCCGCCGACGCCUACGACCGCGUGAGCGGCUUCAACGAGAGCCUGUGGCGCCAGUUCGGCGAGGACGACUUUGCGAGCGUCUGUGUCCUAGUUACCCACGGCCUCAUGUCCCGCGUCUUCCUCAUGAAGUGGUACCACUUCAGCGUCGAGUACUUUGAGGACCUGCGCAACGUCAAUCACUGCGAGUUUCUGAUCAUGCGCAAGGACGAAGGGAGCGGCAAGUUCAUACUCGAAAACGAGCUGCGGACGUGGUCGGAGCUCAAGAGGCAGCGGGCCCUACUCGACAAGGAUAAAGACAAGGACAAGGACAAGGACAAGGAGGGGGGGACGCCCAAGGAGACCGCAAACAGUAAGGACAGCUCCACGCUUGCUCGCGCCCUCUCUGCCACCGCUAGUGCCAGUCCUGCUUCAUAUGCCGUCGGCUCGCCUGGCAUCCGCCGGAGGUGGGGAGGCUGCCCCGACGGCUGCAACCACGACAAGAGCUUCAAGAUCCGCCAGACGCUGGCUGACCUGGUGAAGAGCGACAGCAUCACCUCUGAUGAUCCCGCCGCCGCCGCGGGCAGCGAGGUUGGCGGCAGCGGCGCCGGCGGGGGUGGCAGUGGCAGCAGCAGUAACAACGGCUCUGGCUCGAGCGGCGCCACCGUGACCGCCAACGCCGGUGAGGCCAGCACGGCUCAUACCAAGACGCAGGGCAUCGCCAACCCUUCGUUCAAUGGCACUGCCAACAGCCACACAAUCCUCAGCCGGCGUCCCGCUGCCAAGCGCUUCCAGUCAAUCACCACCAACGGCGGUGAUGGUCUGCUGUCGCCGGCGGCGGCGCUGGGCGGAGGCGGCCCGAAGAUUGACGUGACCAAGGCGCGGGAGGACAUUGUGUCGAGUCCCGACGGCACGCCGUCCUUCAUCUCGGUCGAGGACCGGCUGCGCGGUCAUCUUAAGAGCCCCAAUGUGCCGCCGCGGCCUUUUGAGCGCGCCCAGCUGCACCUGGGACGCGACUUUGGCGGCACCUACAGCGGGCACAACAGCGUCGUGGCCAGCGACGCCGACUCGUCCGAGGACGACGAGCACCGGAGGAGGGGCACCGCUCCCGCCGUCGCUAACGGGACUGGGGCCGUGGCCGGGACCGGGACCAGCGUGGCGGGGCUCGCUCCCGUCCUCCCGCCCUUCCCCCACCACGGCAACCGGGCAGACCGCGACCGCAGCCGCAUGGGCCGCGGCAUGCGUGCGAACCGGCUAGGCGACCAUCCGCAUAGUAGCGACGGGGAGCAUGAGGCCGACGGCGAGCGCGGCGAUGAAGGCGGCACGUCUCCCGAGCCCGACGACGACGACGACGACGAAAACGAGCUGGCGCGCACGCUGACCGAUGAGGCCGACGAGGCGCUCCUGCGCAGGGCCGAGCAAGAGGACAAGAGCAUCCAGGGGAGCGUGUAUUAG